AUGCGGAUCGCUUUGGUGUUGUGCUGUUUUGCCCUCGUUUGCAAAUCCAUCAACGAAGUCCGCCCUCCGCUUAUCCUUCGUUGGGGUUUCGGAACACCGAUCGUCGAAGAACUCUACAAGAAACACAUGCUGACGGCGAAGAAGACGGGCGGUCUCGAGCCACGGCUGCAACUUGGUACCAACUUCUACCGGCAUGUCUGCCCCCACCAAAUUCCCCGGGACAAUGCCCUACCGACGAUAGUGCUCGAUUCGCUGAAUUACGAGGCGGAUCUGGGCUUCAACAAGCUGGCCGGCGAAAACGCCGUCUUCGACUACCUGCGCGAUGCGUCGACGGAUUUGGAUUGGCGCGAGGAGAGCGACAUCGUCACCGCCCAACUGAUGCAGCCCUCGGACUGUGGACCGCCAAAUUUAACGGGGCCGGCCUGCAGUUUUCGGGUUAUCGCGACACCUUCGACAAGUACCUGGCCGAGUUGCGAG